AUAUGUAGAUUAUGGAAGGGAUGCAAUACACCAAAAAGUGCGAUAUCUAUAGCUUCGGGAUAAUGCUGUGGGAGGUGAUGUCACGAAAGAAACCGUUCGGCGAUAUGAGAAACGACAUUAGUUUGAUUAUACAUGUGAUUAAAGGUCUUCGUCCAAAUAUAAAUGAUGUCGUCCACAUUCAAAAUUCGGAUGAGAUAAAAAUAUUGAUAACAAACUGCUGGGAUGCGGAUGCUCAGAAACGACCUUCUAUGGAAAAAGUAGUUGCAAUUAUGGAAAAAUAUUCUUCUUAUUUAGAGAACGACAACCAAAUUUUGAAUAUGAUGAAAAAUAUUUUUACAAACUGCACGAUUAUUUAAAAUUAUGUUAUUAUGCAUAUACAUACAUAAUUCAUUUUUCAAUUCACGUUCUU